CCUUCCGGGGUCGCGGCUCGGUCCUCGCGCGGCCGUUGGGUGUCCGCCGGUGCGCGGUGGCAGCGGGUCGCCUCCUGGAGCGUAGCGCUGAGGUUUUCCAACAACUGUUCCGGUGAGAUUAAAAAAUGGCUUACAAAUCUGGGAGAAGACCGACUUUCUUUGAAGUAUUUAAGGCGCAUUGUAGCGAUUCAGACUUGGGGCCUAUAAGUCUUGACUGGUUUGAAGAGCUCAGCUCAGAAGCACCCCUCUAUGAGCCUAAGUUGCUAGGAGAACCUGAAGGUCCCAUUGGUUGGCUUGAUCAAACUUUUAAAACUCCAAAGGCGAAAUCCUCUACAGACAGCCAGCUGGCAUCAACUCCACUGAUUUUUAAAGAACAGAAUACAAUGCCACCUUUUUCUUCUCCUGGAAAAGAAUUGGAUCAGAAAAAAAUGGAAACAAGCAGAGAGAAUUUGCUAAGUCCAAAUAUGGCAGGAAGAAAAACGGAUCAAGAAAAUCAAAUACUUGCUUCUCCUCAUGGUAUCUGCCACAACUACGCUGCUGCUAGUCCAACUACUUUAAGGAAUACUUGCAGAACACCACAGAAAAGUAAUAUACCUGGACCGUAUGGAAGCUUGUUUUGCACACCAAAAUUUUUAGAGAUCCGAACUCCAAAACGUAUUUCUGAAAGCCUGGGUGCAGAAGUGGAUCCAGAAAUGUCCUGGACGAGUUCUUUAGCUACUCCUCCUACACUUGGUGCGACAGUGAUAAUAGCUAGAGAGAAUGAUUCUAUUUCUGGAGCAAAGCAACAGGAUGAAAGAGCUGAGAUAGUUUUGCACAACUUUUUAUCUAAAGAUGAUGAAUAUACUGCAAAGAAUGAUACAAGUCUGCUGUCUAUACCAGAGACAGUAAAACUAAAUGCUAAAGACGACAUAAAAGAUCUUGAGUUGGAGAUGUUAGAUGGUUUAUUUGGUGAGAUGAAUAGCUUUGAGGAUUCAUUCAACUUGCCUGCUGAAUCCAGUGGAACUCUUCUGCUAUUGCCACAUGCUCUGCAUGCAAUAGAGAAAUGUGAAAUAAAAACAGAUGAAGCACAAAGAAAGGGUGAUGUUCUUUCUGAACAACGUAUGAGAAGAAAGACUGCCAUUUCACAGGAAGUGAAAGCUGAUAACUGGACUGAAAAAAGCUGCUGUGUUGAAGUGAAGGAUUCUGUAUUCCAGAACACUGAUGAAGACAUGGAUAGUAAAGACAGCUGCUUAAUAGGGCAUGAAAAAGAAUUGGAGUAUCUUAGGAUUGCAGGAAACUUGCAAGAUAAUAGAACUCAGAAAUCAUCUGUGAAUGAGAAGCUUGUGAAAGAUGUGCUGUCUUCAUCAAGCCAGUGGUCUCAGCUGAACUUGUCCGAUCUUGAUAUAACUCAUCUGGAAACAUCUAUGUGUAGCCCUCCACAGUCUGACUUAUGUAGAGAGAAAUGUUUACAAGAGAAGUCAGUACUAAUGACCAAGGAUGAUGUCAUGGAAACAUCUUUACUGAAUACUGCAGGCUUGAAAAAUGCACAGGAGCUCUCAAGUGCCAGUUUGUCAGAAAACUGCGGUGAUAUGAAGAUAUUUAAACACAAUCCAAUGGCAGAAAUAACUCCAGUAAAACCUUUGUGUGUGAGUCCAAAGUUGGUAAAAGGAUGUGCACGUGAAGAGGUUUCUAAAAUGAGCUUUUUAAACUGUAGUUCUUUUUUAAUUGAAAGUACUAAUGUCAUGGAGUAUUCUGUAGUCUACAACAGCACCUUUUCCACGCAUUUAAAAGCAACUUCGAAAUCUGUGGUAACUGAUGUUCUUUCUCACCCUUUUAUAUGUCGCACUGCAUCUCCAGAUAAUUGCAGUGACCUACAUUUAACAAAUAGUGAAAAUGCUCUUAGAAAAUCUAGCUUUAAAAGCCUAAAUAUGUUAUCCAGAUUGAGGAAAAAAUCCAAGAGAUUUAUUUAUACAAUAAAUAAUACUCUAGUGUAUCAGGAAGAAAAUGUGCAGAAAGAAGUAACCUCUGAAUCACCUGCUAAUCCCGUGUUAACAUGUUUGGAAUCUGAUUUACAUGAAUUUAAAGGUUGUCAGGUGGCCGCAGAUGGUAAUCAAGACUGCUUGCUUUUGGCUGAGAGACAAUCAAAUGUCAAAGAAAAUAAUUUCGACUUUCCUACUAUGGAGGUAGACAUAAUGGAUAACUCAUCUGAUAAUUCUGUCAACAAUAGGCUGAAACAACAAGAGCUGAGUGACUCAGGAAAAAAUGUAAGAGAGAAUCAACCUGCUACCUCAUUUAAAUGCUUAGAAGAAUCUCAUACUCGGAGUGAACACACCACAGAUUGUUUAAAUAGUGGAAGAAUUUCAAAUAUAAAACAUAAGGUACUAACUUCGGCAUACCUAAUGGCAAGAAGGUGUUCCAGAUUGUUUCCUGAAGACUGUUGCUUAAGGAAAGGCAAGAAUGAUGCAUAUAUCAGUCCUAAUAUGAACAGUCGAGCUGCUGUACCUCAGAGCCCUAAAGGACAGCCUCCACAGUCCUUUCCUAGUUGCAGUGAUUGCUUGAUUGAUACGCACCAUGGCACUGCAUUUGUGACAAACAGAAAGUUCAGUAAUACUUUGAGUCAGACCAAGUUUGGCAUGAACAGAGUCGGUGAUAACUCUUGCAAUAAAAUAUCAGCUGAUAAAAGGAGUGCUACAGAUCAGUUGUCAGCUGAAUAUAGGGAAAUAAUUGCACCUUUGGAAAUAAACUGCUUACAAAACAGUACUGGUUUAAAACAAUGGGGGAAAGAAGAUGUAGCUGAAAAUCAAGAUACUCUCUCUAUUAAGAACAGUGAAAACUCUCAAGCAGCUGCUUGGAAUAAUAUAUCUGUAGAGGUUGCUGAAGAAAUCUUGGAUUGUAUAGAUAAUUCUUUGAAUGAAGUAAUUUCUGAAGAAGAUAGGCAGUUAGCACCUGUGUAUUUCAACACAAAGCCAAUUGAAAACCUAGAACAUAAAGGGAAAUCAUCAGGAGAUCUUCACACCUGCAGUUCAAGUCUGAGCUUUGGUGGCUUCCAGACUGCUUCCAAUAAGCAGAUUAAAUUCUCUGAAAGCAGCAUAGCAAAAGGCAAAAUGCUGUUCAAAGAUAUUGAAAAUGAAUGCUUUGAAACCUCUUCCCUGGAAAGAGUGAGAAAUUUUUCAAAUCAAGUUCAAAAGGAGAAUGUAUUUUCUUCAGAUUUGGAAAGCAAAACAGGCAGUACUUCACCUGGUUUGCAGACAAGGUGUACACAGUAUAUUCCAUGUAAGGUUGAUUUGUGUAAAAACUCGCUUAGUAAUCAACUAUCCAUGCAAGAACCAAAUCAGUCUUUGACAGCAAGCCAAGAAGCUGAAAUUGCUGAACUUUCUAAUAUCUUGGAAGAAACGGGUAGCCAGUUUGAAUUCACACAAUUUAGAAAGCAAAGUAACAUGAUACAAAAUCAUGUUGAGCAAUUUGGAGCAACAAAUGUGGAAAAUGCUUCUAAAGAAGGGGAAGAUACUAAUUUCUAUAGCACUCUUAAAUCUGAAAAUCAUGUAAUAAAUGAUGAGUAUUGCAGUAAGUUGAAAAAUGAAAAUGAAUGUAAAAUGGUAGAAUAUGAAAAAGAAAACACAGUGGUUUUCCAUAAAAAUAAAAAAAAAGUUACUUCUACUAACUUGGACAGAAAUGAAAGUGGAACAUCCAACCAUGAGAGCUGUCCGGUACCUUUACAGGCCAGCUUUUCUAAUUUUGUAGGAUUUACUUCAGCUGGAGGUAAAAAAAUAAAUAUUUCUAAGGCAGCUUUGACCAGAUCUGCAGAGCUUUUCAAGGACUUGGAUGAUGAUAGCUUUUUGUUUAAAUCUUCUGAAACCAAUAUCAGAUGCUGCAAUUCAGAUGGGCAUGUGUCUUCUAACUGGAAUUUUAUCAGAUGCCAGACAAAAGAAGGUGAAGGAGGUAUACUUCGUGUUCCAAACAUAAGGAGCAUAGGUCCCAUUUCCCAUCAUUCAGAGAAAGAAUAUGCGGAAGAUAUUAGUACCCCAUGUAAGGAAAAUACAGGAAACUGGACAGAAAUGUUAAGUGAUAAUGAAAAUGUUGAUUUCAGUUGUACUAAUGCUAGAUAUUCUGCCUCCGGAAUGAGAAGCAGUUCAUCAUCCUUUAAAAAACCUCACCAGAACUGUAAAAAUUCUGAUCAGUUUCUGAAUCAAGGAGACAGCCAAGGUGAAGGUUGUUUACAAGAAGACACUUCAUAUCUGAUGUGUCUAGGUGAUAAUAUUAACAGUGCCAAAGAACAUGGUUUAAGUGUUUCAGAUGAAACGGAAAACCUGUCCCCUAAUCAGAAAGAAGACAGAAAGCAGGAAGACAAACACUUGCUGCUAAACUGUCAAGCUGCAGAUACUGAUGCUGUAUCAAUUUCUGACUCAUCUUUGUGUAGUUCUCUACGUGAUCUCAAUGUACAAUGUGGGGAAGGAGAUGCAGAUGUUUCAGAGAGCUCUAGUAAACGAAAGACAAAUAGUGUCAAUGUGGAAGGAGAAGACUCCACACAUAAGAACCUGUUAGUGAGUGAAAGUGGGGUUAAAAUAGGCUCUUACCAACAUCAUCGAGUACCUUCUGAGCAAGAGACAGAUGUUGAAAAAAACGAAGUUAAAGGGACUUAUCUGACUGGUUUCCAUACUGCUAGUGGCAAGAAAAUAACAAUUGCUGAUGGAUUUUUGGCGAAAGCUGAACAGUUUUUUUCAGAAAAUAAUGUUGAUGUAGGAAAAGAUGAUAAUGACUAUUUUGAGGACUGCUUAAGGAAAUAUAAUAAAAGCUAUGUUAAAGGCCAUGGCUUAUGUAUAGAUGGUGUUGCUCAACGUGAUGCAGAUGUACUUAAUUUUAAAGAUACCCUUAUUCCUGAAGAAUCUGGGGACCUACUAAAGCAGGCAAUAGAGGGGAGUCCCAUUAAACAAGCUAUUAAUCAUGACAGCAUUAAAGUGGGUGCAUUUAUUACUGUGGAUGAAGAAUGUGAAAGAAAUUUGGCAGCUCAGUGUGCAAAUAAGGAAGCUUAUGUCAGACCUGGAAAUUCAGAAGUAAAAUCUCUUCCUGGACAUGGGAGCAAUUCUUUAAGUAGAACUCUUUUGUUUGAAGAUAGAAAAUUCUUUGCAGAAAGAGAUGUGGAAUACUCAGCAAAAAAGAGGGAUAAUUCAGAAAGCAAGCCUGACUUUCCUCUAAAGUGUGCUACAUCUCUGCAUUUAACAAAGGUGUCAAGUGACCCUGCAGAUAAUUCUGUGCCUGGUGGUAUUAUUAAGACUGUAUCUGCUGAGGAUAGUUGCAAAUCUAGUCAGUCCCUCCUCUUAACUCAUGGUAGUGUUCCAAAAAGUGCCUCACCUUAUCUGAACUGUGGCAGUAAAGAGAUUGGCUUAAAACACUUAAAUGAACCUUGUUCUAAUACAGACUGCUUCACAAAUACUGCAGAUAAUGCUCACCAAGAACAGCCUGAAGUCGAUCUUCCUGAAGAUGGGACUAAUUUAACCUGGUUACAAGAAACAUCACUUAUUGCUGAAAGUCAAAAGAGUGAUCUGAAACAAGUGUUCAGUACAGCAAAAGGUAAAGCAGUCUCUGUUUCAGAAAGUGCAUUAGCAAGCAUCAGGCAGAUGUUUCAAACAGACUGUGACAAAUAUGUAAAAUCUGAAAUUGAGACUAAAUCAGGAACUAAUCAAGCAGAGAUUGCUGGAAGUUCAUCUUUUAGCAUUCAUGCUGGGGCUCCUGAUUUUGCUACAUUUUUAGACACUACAAAAAAUGAGAUGAAUUUGGCUGCAUCUCAUUUUAUUAAUAGAAAUUGGAAUCUUAUUGAAAACAAUCACCAAGUUGCAAACACAUUUGCAGAUGUAGAUUCUGUUCAAGAUUCUCAGAUGCAAUGCUUCGAGCAGAAGAGUAAGCUUUUAGGACACUUGCCUGUGCCUGAUAAGCAGAGGGAGCAGUCAGGUCCUUCGGGCAACUUUGGGUUUUUCAGUACAGCAAGUGGGAAGCCUGUGCAACUAUCAGAAGAGUCGCUAAAGAAAGCUAGACAGCUCUUUUCUGAAAUGGACGGGAACCAUUCACCAGGGCUACAAGAUGCACAUUUGCUUGAAGGUGUUGAAAAAUCCAGAAACCGUGAUGAAAUAUUUCCUAGAGAAAUGCAGCUAGCGCUGCCAAGAGGGAAAGAGAAUGCCAGCACUGAUAAGAUAUCAAGUCCUGCUUUGGGGUUCAGCACUGCAAGUGGAAAGCAAGUGACCAUCUCUGAAAGUGCCUAUCGGAAAGCAAAGGCAAUUUUAAAGGAAGCAGAUGACUUUUUAAGCAAUGAGCUUGGUGUUACAGAUGAACUUUGUGAAAUUAAAGGGAGUGGUCAACAUGCAGAAUAUUUAACUGGUAAAGCAAUUUCAGAAUCCAAAAAUGAAAAAAGCUGCAGUGAGGAGCUUGACUUGAAAAGCAUUCACCCUGAAGAAAUGAAGUCAUUUCCAAGCACUCACCGUGUCAAAAUUACUGAGUAUGUACCACAGAGUAAGAGAAACAGCCAGUCAGCACCGUUUAAAAAUAGCUUUGAGCAAGAAGAGACCAGACUUUUUAGAAAAGGAGAGCUGAAUCUGGGGAUGAAAACAGAGUCUGAAUCAGAUUUAUGCAGUGCUACAUCUAAAGCAGAAAUAAACAUUUUCCAAACUCCAAAAGGCUACUUGAAAACAGAGGCUGUAGAAAGUGCAAAAGCUUUUAUGGAAGAUGAUCUUUCAGAUUCUGGAGUCCAGGUUAAAUCUGCACAGUCCUUCGUUGGCAAAAUGUCAGAUAACUUUCAAAAUAAGCCGUUUGGGAAGAGACGCUUGGAAGAAAAAGACUCACUUGGAGAACCUCCAAUUAAAAGACAGCUACUGCUUGAAUUUGAGAAGAUGAAGAUCCCCCCCAAAUCUUUGAAACCUUUGAAAAGCACUCCUGAUGGCAUUUUCAAAGACAGAAGAAAAUUUAUGUACCAUGUUCCUUUAAAACCGGUAACUUGUCAACCUUUUGGGACUACUAAGGAACGACAAGAAGUCAGGAACCCUACUCUUACUCUCCCUGAUCAAGACUUGAAAGGAUUUAAAUCUAUACCUGCCGUUUUUCAGCACUGUGCCCUACGGCAGUCUUCAAGUGGUGCUUCAGGGCUUUUUACUCCACAUAAGGCCAUGGCCAAGGAAAGUGAGGAAACAAGAAGUUUGUGCAAGUCAGGCAAAGCUGUUAAAACUUUUGUUCCACCAUUCAAAACCAAGCUGACGCUUUCUACAGCUGAACCAGGCAGCAGCAAGAGAUGUCACUCACCAAUCACAAACAGUGUGACGGAGGAGAGGGAAUUAAAUCAAAUCCCAGUUGAACAAAAUAGUGCUGAAGCUCAGGAUCACCAGUCCUGCAUCCUGCCUGCAGCGGUCGCUGACAUAGAAAAUGACUAUUUAGCUACAAGCAAUGUGAUGGCAAAUCUCCGCUGUGCUAGAGAUCUACAGGAAAUGAGAAUUAAAAAGAAAUACAGGCAAAAUAUUAGCCCACAGCCAGGCAGCCUUUACAUCAUUAAAACAUCAGCCAAAAACAGAAUCUCCUUGAAGACUGCAGUAGAAGAAGAAACACCCAGUUUUCAUUCUACAGAAAAGCUUUACACAUACGGUGUUUCAAAACAUUGCAUACAAGUUAACAGCACAAAUGCAGAAUCAUUUCAGUUUCUCAUUGAAGAAUUUUUCAGUAAGGAGUAUUUGGUAGCAGGAAAUGGGAUACAACUUGCUGAUGGAGGAUGGCUGAUACCUACAGAUGAGGGAAAGGCUGGGAAAAAGGAAUUUUACAGGGCUCUCUGUGAUACUCCCGGUGUGGAUCCCAAGCUAAUAACAGGGGCCUGGGUUUACAAUCAUUAUAGGUGGAUUGUAUGGAAACUGGCAGCCAUGGAAGUGUCUUUUCCACACAAAUUUGCUAACAGAUGUUUGACGCCAGAAACAGUGCUGUUGCAGUUGAAAUAUAGGUAUGACUUGGAAAUCGAUAAAAGUAAAAGAUCAGCAAUCAAAAAAAUAACAGAGAGAGAUGAUGCAGCAGGUAAAACACUUGUGCUGUGUAUUUCUAAAAUCCUAUCACUAAACUCCGCUGUAUCUCCUAGUAAUAGUAAUAACAAUACGGAAUGUGAAAAAGCAGCAGCAAUAAUUGAAGUUACUGAUGGCUGGUAUGGGAUUAGAGCUCUUCUGGAUCCACCUCUCAAAGCUUUCUUACAUAGAAGAAGGCUGACUGUUGGUCAGAAGAUCAUAGUGCAUGGAGCAGAACUUACUGGCUCUCCAAAUGGAUGUACGCCACUGGAAGCCCCAGAUUCCCUUAUGCUAAAGAUUGCAGCCAACAGCACGCGGUGCGCACGGUGGUACACAAAGCUGGGAUUUCAUCGGGACCCCAGGCCUUUUCCUCUGCCUCUGUCAUCGCUUUACAGUGAGGGUGGUGCAGUGGGCUGCAUUGAUGUGGUUAUCCAAAGAACUUAUCCUAUUCAGUGGAUGGAAAAGACAUCAGCUGGCUCAUACGUAUUUCGUAACAGCCGAGCUGAAGAAAGGGAAGCUGCCAAGCAUGCAGAGGAUCAGCAAAAGAAGCUGGAAGCUCUGUUUGCAAAAAUUCAAGCAGAAUUUGAAAAGCAUGAAGAGAGAAAUUGCAAAAGAACACCAAGAUCGCACAUAGUCACAAGGCAGCAAAUCCAUAAUUUGCAAGAUGGUGCAGAACUUUAUGAAGCAAUUCAGAAUGCACCUGAUCCCAGUUAUAUGGAGGGAUAUCUCAGUGAAGAUCAGUUAAAAGCUCUGAAUGCUCACAAGCAGCUGAUGAAUGAUAAAAAACAAACUAGGAUACAGGAGGAAUUCAAGAAGGCUGUAGAGUCUGCAGAACAGGAAAAACAUGGUUGUUCCAAAAGGGAUGUGUCUACUGUAUGGAAAUUAUUCGUGGUAGACUAUAGAAAGCAAGAAAAACAUAGAGGAGUGAUCCUGAGUAUCUGGCGUCCACUGCUAGAUGUGUGUUCACUGCUGAAGGAAGGCAGUCGGUACAGAAUCUACCAGCUGUCAACAUCACAGUCCAAAGGAAGAUCAGACUCAACUAACAUACAGUUAUCAGCAACAAAGAAAACUCAGUAUCUACAACUAUCAGUCUCACAGAAGAUGCUGCUGCAGAUUUUCUUUCCAAGAAAGGCUCUAAAAUUCACCAGCUUGUUGGAUCCUUCUUAUCAGCCACCGUGUGCUGAAGUUGAUGUAGUUGGAGUUGUAAUAUCCAUUAGCAGAACAGGAUUCCCUAACAUGAUUUAUUUAUCUGAUGAAAGCUAUAAUCUUGUGGCAAUAAAAAUCUGGGCAGACCUCAAGCACUUUGCUAUUGAAGAUAUCGUUGUCCGCUGUUCAUUCAUUGCUGCAAGCAACCUUCAGUGGCAGUCUGAAUUCAGAUCAGAAAUUCCUGUGCUAUUGGCUGGAGAUCUUUCUGCAUUCUCAGCCAGUCCAAAGGAAAACCAUCUUCAAGAGAAGUUUAAUGAACUGCGAAGGAUGAUAGAGAAUGUGGACUCCUUUUGCUCUGAUGCAGAAAGGAAAUUGAUGAAUUUGCUACAAAGGAAUUGUUCACUUACACCCAUUUUACCUAAAAGACGUGGUUUGGAAUGCUUUUCUCCUUCCUGCAACUCAGGCCUUUAUGCAGAGGAUAAAAGUUUGAUCUCUUCCAAAAUUGAAAUGAAGCAUCCGAGCCCCUUGUCAGCUAGCACACCAAAUACAAAGCUUUUCCUACAAGGCUCAGCAGUAACGCCUUCAUCUGCUGUAAGUAAUGAGAACCAUCCCAGAAACAGCAAAAAGAGAAAAGCAAUGGACUUCCUUAGCUGCAUACCUGCCCCUCCAUCACUGACACCCAUCUGUUCCAUCAUUUCUCCAUCUGUAAAAAAGGCCUUUCGGCCUCCGCGAAGUUUGGGCUCACAGUACAGCAAGUUAUCAAAAGAAACAAACCCAAAUGCUGGUUGUGUCACCCCCAGUAGAAAAGUGAGAGAAGCCAUCCAGCUUUCUGAUAACGACCUGGUUGCUGAUGAAGAACUUGCAAUGAUUAACACACAAGCACUCAUAAAUACUGUACCAGAAGAAAAGAAGGUGGAUUAUGUGAAUGAAGACAGUACAAAGGCUACUAAUUUAUCUGGUGACACGAAGGCUACUAACUUAUCUGGUGAUCUUUCAUCCAAAAAUAGUUCCGGAUCUGCUAAGGAAGCAAACAGUUCAUUGAAAAGCAGCUCAGAAGGAGCUGAUGCUCUCCAGAAGGACACAGAGGAAUGUGGGGGUUCGUUAGCAAUCCGCAGAGUGCUGCAAAGGCGCAAAUCCCGCAAGUGCUACUAGGUGCACAUGUACAGUACUGUGUAUAUUUCAAACUUAAAUGUUUUUACUUUGUACAUUAAAACCUGAUUGUAAUAAAGUUACAUUACAAAAUA